AUGACCUCAGAGGUCACGCAGAUGGACGCAACGGAGGAAUUCAAGCGAAGCAUAGCGAAUUGUCCCUUCCAAUCGUUUGACGAUUUUUCGGAUAAACUCCAGCUGUUUCAACAGGAGUCAGGCUUUAUUUUUCGCAAGCGAGAUGCUAUCAAGCUGCCUCCCAUAUCGCCUGACUUCCAGCGUCUAGUUUACAAGCGCGUCUACUACGUAUGCAUCCACUAUGGCAGCUAUAAGAGCACUGCUGUCAACCCGCUCAAGCACCGCACCAUUCGUUGUGAUUGUCCUGCCGCAUUUUAUCUCCUUAUGAAGGACAGUGUACUCACCGUCAAGAAAUUUAGAAUGGUACACAAUCAUCCACCGGAACCCGUUACGGUGACGCGUAGGCGACUUUUCAAACGCGCUCAAGUGGUCGAACUGCCGUCGCUUGACCAUCGAUUCACGAGUGCCUAUGGUGACUUUGUUUCUAGUUCCACGCGAACAUAUCGAGAUACGUUGGAACGGUUACGUGAACUCAUUAGUCACAUUCGCGGUUCUGGAAGUUACUAG